AUGUCGUACGUGCGUGCCGCCGCCUUGCUCUGCGCUUGUGCGCUUAUGGCAAACGUCGCCACUAAAGCUGCGCCGGCGCCGCCGAGGAGAUCUGAAAACAAAGAUUCCAACGUCGUGCAGGACAAGACUAUCGCCGUGAGGAGGAUGCCCAUUGCUUACUUUUACCCAUUCAGCCUGUGGCCCUUGCCUAGAUAUCCUAACAGAGAUAGAGACGAUUCUGAAGUGAAGUAUCGCUACCGAAGAAGUUUACAAAUAUAUCAAAUAAAGAAUAAUGAGAGA